AACCAAAAUGCUACGCACUUCUACCUGUGAUCCUUUGCCUAAUGAUGCUGGUCUUGGUCUUGUUUGGUUACGGGGUCCUAAGCCCCAGAAGCCUACUGCCAGGAAGCCUGGAACGGGGGUUCUGCAUGGCUUUUAGGGAACCAGACGGUCUGCAGCGUGUCUCGUUGCCAAGGAUGGUCUACCCCCAGCCAAAGGUGUUGACGCCCUGUAGGAAGGACGUCCGUGUCGUGACCCCUUGGCUGGCUCCCAUUGUCUGGGAGGGCACGUUCAACAUCGACAUCCUCAACAAGCAGUUCAGGCUCCAGAACACCACCAUCGGGUUAACUGUGUUUGCCAUCAAAAAAUACGUAAUCUUCCUGAAGCUGUUCCUGGAGACGGCAGAGAAGCACUUCAUGGUGGGCCACCGGGUCCACUACUAUGUCUUCACCGACCAGCCGGCCGCGGUGCCGCGUGUGGCGCUGGGGACCGGUCGGCAGCUGUCGGUGCUUGAGGUGCGCGCCUACCGGCGCUGGCAGGACGUGUCCAUGCACCGCAUGGAGAUGAUCAGCGACUUCUGCGAGCGGCGCUUCCUCAGCGAGGUGGACUACCUGGUGUGCGUGGACGUGGACAUGGAGUUCCGCGACCACGUGGGCGUGGAGAUCCUGACUCCGCUGUUCGGCACCCUGCACCCCAGCUUCUAUGGAAGCAACCGAGAGGCCUUCACCUACGAGCGCCGGCCCCAGUCCCAAGCCUACAUCCCCAAGGACGAGGGUGAUUUCUACUACAUGGGGGCGUUUUUCGGGGGGUCGGUGCAGGAGGUGCAGCGGCUCACCAGGGCCUGCCACCAGGCCAUGAUGGUCGACCAGGCCAACGGCAUCGAGGCCGUGUGGCACGACGAGAGCCACCUGAACAAGUACCUGCUGCGCCACAAACCCACCAAGGUGCUCUCCCCAGAGUACCUGUGGGACCAGCAGCUGCUGGGCUGGCCCGCGGUCCUGAAGAAGCUGAGGUUCGCGGCGGUGCCCAAGAACCACCAGGCGGUCCGGAACCCGUGAGCGGCUGCCAGAGGCUCUGGGAGGGCUGCCGGCAGCCCCAUCCCCCUCCCGCCCUUGGUUUUAGCAGAACGGGUAAACUGAAGCCUAGGUCUCGCCCCCACGUCAAAUCACACACACACCCUCCCCACCACAGGGACACACCA